ACUAAUAAGCUCGUCUCACCAAAAAUUCUGGAAUCGUCUCCAGAUGAAGCGGCAGUCUGCAGCUCGUUGAAAAGCAUCAUUUCAACACCGGCGAAGUCUGAUGCAUCGAAUGAGGUUCCCGCAACUCAGGAUGUUGUGACUGAAUCGGAUGAUGGAGAGCAUCCUCCAUCGGAAAGGUUCUAUGUGGACGAGGGCAGUCGGCUGCAAUCAAAUUUUCCAUCCGCCGAGAAACAUGAACCAGAUACGGAAUCGGGAGAGGAUUCAGAUUCAUCUGAUGAUGAGGAAGAAUUCACCCACAAAAAUGUGAUGAAGAUGAAUUUAUCCGGAAUAGCUCGUAAGUUCUGA